AAAAGAAGGAAAAGAAGGAAAAGAAGGAAAAGAAGGAAAAGAAGGAAAAGAAGGAAAAGAAGGAAAAGAAGGAAAAGAAGGAAAAGAAGGAAAAGAAGGAGAAAAAAGAGAAGAAGGAAAAGAAUGAGAAGAAGGAGAAAAAGGAGAAGAAGGAAAAGAAGGAGAAGGAGAAGAAAGAGAAGGAGAAGGAGAAGAACGCAGACCUCGACGUCAUCUUCGCCGAACACGGCCCCGGCUACGCCGCGCCGCUGCUCGUCAGCAGAACGCCGCUCCUCGCCAGCACCAUCAUCCCCCUCUGGCCCCACCUCCACAGCAACACUUCCUUCGGCGUCUUCAUAGCCGAGUGGGACGGCAGACAACCGGACUACCCCGCCUUCCCGACCCCCACCGCCCUCGAGUGCUUCGUCGAAAGGGGGCCCGACGCCCGCUUCUUCCACGACCCCCCGCCCUGGCGCCGCCGGGGCGGCGACUGGGAGUGCAACCCUGACGCCCAUCCGUGCUUCUUCUUGACGCGUGGAGACGGCAAGGGUGGCGAGUGCGACGUCGACGAGAUGAAGCGCCUGAUGUAUGCGAAUAUGACGGAGCCGGAGGAGUGGAUUCAGAAGAGGAUUACCCCAUACGUUUUUGUGCCGUGGGAAGGCGACGAGGACGGGAACAUGGACGAUGUGGUGAGGUUGGCCGUCAUGUGCUGGGAGGAAGGGCGCAGGGUGCGGGAUUCGAGGCGCACUCCGGCCAUGACCUGCAUAUUUGUGGAUAGGGAGGCGUGGCGGACGAAACAAGUCAUUUACGCAAGGUAUACACGGCCUCUUGGGCCCGAGUAUGAUAAUGAGUAUGACGAAUUUGUGAAGACUAUCAAGAAUGACGAGACACUGGACGAGGAGACCAAGUAUCGGAGGAAAUUCGAGAUGUACAAGGAAGGUAUCAUUGUUGUAAGAGCGAAUAUUGAAAAUCAGGAGCUUCAUGAGAUUUGGUGUGCCAUGGAUGCGGGAACGGACUUUGAGGAGAUUUUUGGCGUCACGCGCGACGUUGAGAAAUACGAGCGUCCUUGGAGAUCAGAAGAGGAGAAGAGGACGGCGUUUGAAGUCUAUGAUCGUACUGGCAAGUGGUGGGGCGCUGUUGAAGAGAGCGAUGAAGACAUCGAUGAAGACAUCGAUGAAGACAGCGAUGAAGAUAGCGAUGAAGAUAGCGACGAAAAUAGCGAUGAAGACAUGUAG